AUGCAUUCAGAAUCUGACAGUGGUGGGAAUCAGAACGUUUCAGAGGAGCUUCAUCAUCAUACUCAUACAUCCAUAAAUAGUUCAACUUCUAGUAGAGAUGAAAAUGGUACCAAAGAACCUCAACAAGACACAACCUCUCCACAACAAUCAGCUAGUGAAAAUAGUCAAGAACUUGUGCAUACAACACCUCCUCACUCUCAACUUGUUAGCACCACACAUGGAGGGGCAUUCUCAAAUGCAUACCAGGAUCCAUAUUAUGCUGGGAUGAUGGGAACAUAUCCCUUGACUUAUGUUCCAUAUGGUGGGAUGCCUCAUUCAAGAAUGCCACUGCCUCCUGAGAUGACACAAGAACCAGUUUACGUGAAUGCUAAACAGUACCAGGCGAUUCUGAGGCGAAGGCAGGUACGUGCCAAGGCAGAACUAGAGAAGAAGCUAAUCAAAUCCAGAAAGCCUUAUCUUCAUGAAUCUCGGCAUCAGCAUGCUAUAAGGAGGCCUAGGGGUACUGGAGGACGGUUUGCAAAGAAAACUAACACCGAAACUACACAGAAAAAAGCUGGAGAAAGGAGCAAUGCUGCUCGUACUCAGUCCCCGACGUCAUCUAGUUCUGAUCAACCUGAAGCUUUGAAUGAUGAAUCCGACGAGGUGCAGAGGUCAGCCUAUAAGAGAAGGGAAGAAGAAGACUGUUCAGGGCAGCAAUGGAACAGCUUUUCUUCAAACCAUCCUUCUCAAGCUCGUCUAGCAAUCAAGUGA